AUGAAAAUCAUUAUAAAAAAACUACGGGGAGACACAUGCACUUUAGAUGUGCUGCCAAAUACAACAGUAACUGAGAUUAAACGAGAAGUAUCUAAAAAAUUAGGUAUUUCGGUUGAAGAACAAAAAUUAUUAUUACUUGGGAGACCCUUAGCUGAUGAUCAAACUAUUGCGUCUUAUCCUUCAAUCAAAGAUGGAACAAAAUUAAAUCUUGUUGUUAAAAAACCUGAAGGUCUUUAUGAAGUUUCACUCAAGUAUUUCAAAAAGCAUGGAAUGAGUGAUGCUGAUGCAGCCAAUACUGCAAACAGAUUACUCCGAAUAAUUCAAAACAAAUUUAACAAAUUGUCAUGGGAUGACAUAGAUAGGUUAUCCUUAGACUGUUUGAUGGAUGAGCGAGGACAGAGUCGGCCUUCUAUUGAGAAGGAGACUGAUUGUGAUGAUAAUAUGUUUACCUUGUGA